CCUCAUUCGAUCACUUGUUAUUAUUUUAUUAUUAUAUUACUUCACAUUACGUCUAGCCUACGUCGUUAUUUUGCGUCCUUUUUGUAAUUCAAGAAAUACAAUUGAUCCAGUGACGACUACGGAAAUGCUUGGAAAAGUUCGUUCGACGUCGUCGCGGCACAAGUGAUCACACGCGAGCCUAUCUGAGAAUCGCCGUGCAAAAUAAACGUGGUGGUAGUGUGGCGGGCGGACAUUUGUUAUCAAACAGCUCGCGAGGUCCGCGGGAGCGGGGAGCGCACGGGGUGACGGGCGGCCGGGAUGGCGGAGGCGGCGCCGGGGAACAUCGUGAAGGAGGGCUGGCUGCUGAAGCGCGGCGAGCACAUCCGGAACUGGCGUGACCGCUACUUCAUCCUUUUCGAUAAUGGCGACCUGGUGGGCUUCAAGUCGCAGCCGGAGCGCAACAACUACCGCGACCCGCUCAACAAGUUCACGGUGCGGGACUGCCAGAUCAUGGCCGUGGACAAACCUCGCCCCAACGUCUUCACCAUCCGCGGCCUCCAGUGGACCACGGUCAUCGAACGGAACUUCGCCGUCGAUACAGAGAAAGAACGCGGCGAGUGGGUGGACGCCAUCCGCCAGGUGUCGUCGCGGCUGAGCGGCGGGGAGGGCGGCGUGGGGGGCGGCGGGUCGGGCGGGGAGGGGGGCCCGUUCUCCGCUACGGACGACAACGACAUGGCGCAGCUCGGCAAGAGCUUCCGCGACCCUCGCCGUAUCACGUUGGAGAAGUUCGAGUUCGUGAAGGUGCUGGGCAAGGGCACGUUCGGCAAAGUGGUGCUGUCGCGCGAGAAGGGCACGGGCAAGCUCUACGCCAUGAAGAUCCUUAAGAAGAACGUCAUCCUGCAGAAGGACGAGCUCGCGCAUACCAUCACCGAGAACCGCGUGCUCAAGAAGACCAAGCACCCCUUCCUCACGUCGCUGCGCUGGUCGUUCCAGACGGCGGAUCGCGUGUGCUUCGUGAUGGAGUACGCGAACGGCGGCGAGCUGUUCUUCCACCUGGCGCGCGUGCGCAGCUUCCCGGAGGAGCGCAUGCGCUUCUACGGCGCGGAGAUCGUGUCGGCGCUGGGCUACCUGCACGCCGAGGGCAUCAUCUACCGCGACCUCAAGCUAGAGAAUCUGCUGCUGGACCAGGACGGCCAUAUCAAGAUCGCCGACUUUGGGCUGUGCAAGGUGGACAUCACGUACGGCCGCACCACCAAGACGUUCUGCGGCACGCCCGAGUAUCUGGCGCCCGAGGUGCUCGAAGACACAGACUACGGGCCGGCCGUGGACUGGUGGGGCUGCGGAGUGGUGCUGUACGAGAUGGUCUGCGGCCGCCUGCCCUUCUACAACCGCGACCACGACGUGCUGUUCGCGCUGAUCGUGCGCGAGGAGGUGCGCUUCCCGCGCGCGCUGUCGGCGCCGUGCCGCGCGCUGCUGGCGGCGCUGCUGUGCAAGGAGCCGGCGCGCCGCCUGGGCGCGGGCCCCGCCGACGCCGCCGACGUCAUGGCGCACCCCUUCUUCGCGACCAUCAACUGGGCCGACCUGUUGGCCAAGCGCAUCCCGCCGCCCUUCAAGCCGCAGGUGGAGUCGGACACGGACACGCGCUACUUCGACUCGGAGUUCACGGGCGAGUCGGUGGAGCUGACGCCGCCCGACGGCGACGCGGCACUGGCGCUCAUCCAGGAGGAGCACUUUCCCCAGUUCUCGUACCAGGACCUGUGCUCGUCCGCGCACUCGGCACACCUCAGCCAGCCCGCCGCGCGCCACUAGCCCCGCCCCGCCACUGUACAGCCCGCCCUAGCCCGUAAGUAUAUUAUAUUUGCAUUUGUAUAAAUAUUCUCGUACGUGAGUAGCGGCGGACGGUGCGUUGCCGCCGAAGUUCGAUGUCGCGCAUUUUUAUAUGAAAUUUUGCCGGUCAAAAUGUAAAUAUUUUAAAAUUCCCCACGCAAUAUGUCAAGUUAACCCGCGACGCGCCGCUCCCCGCCCGCGCCCGUCGCGUCGCUCCGCGCGACUCCUCUAGCCCGGCCGCUACUCAUGUUAUAAUAUUUCCUUUUCUAUAAUAUAUUAAAGUUAG